AUGGCCGUUAAUGGUGAACCGUGGCUUGAUAUGUAUGACCCCGAAUGGACCGCAGUAAAGGUGCUUGGACAGGGCGAGAAAGUUCCUAUGGUGUACAGCACAGCUCGGGAUACUACAAUUUCUGUGCUCAAUUCACAGCAUGUCUCCUGCACCAACAUUACCCACUCUGGACGCCACAGCGGAGCCAAGGAAGCAGUGAGGUUGAAGAUUGCGGAAGAAGACAUUCGGACUGGCGGGCGUUGGGUGCAAGGGACCGGCAAGAUGCACCAAGUGUACUUGGAAAAGCAACCCAUCACCUUUGCCUUGGCCAUGGCAGGGUUUUCCGUCAAGCCCUUUCAUCUCCGGCGGAAUGAGGUCGCUCCAUCCCUCGUACUGCAACGUCUCAUAUUUCCGUUUAUCGAAAAGGCAAUUGGGGACCCCGGUUCCCGUGAGAAUGAACUGUGGAGAAAAGAGUGCGAUUUGGAAAUGCAGGAAUUCGACCCGAACAACAGCGAUAACUUGGACGACGUCGAGCCAUACGCGUUUGAACCCAACCCCAACCCCUUGAAGAUGAACAAGGCGACCGCUCUGGCGCAACGUUCCAACAAGAAGCAUGUGCUGCGACUGAUGCUCCGUUUACGCCGAGUUCUAUUGCAGGACGCUGCCGAAUAUCUCUAUCGAUACCCUGAUAUAGCCCUGUCGCCGCUGCUGGAGAAGAGUCCUGAGGUGUUCGAGAGUCAGAUGUUUGAUGCCUUCAAGGAGAACGUUAUGAUGUCUCUAAAGCGGCAUGAGAUAGACGUGCCCACCGAUCUUCCGCCCAACGUGAUGGCACUCCAGACCUGGGACUCGGCGCAAGCAAAUGAAGUUGCAGAUAUCAAGCGAGCACUGGCCGACAUCCAUGUGAGGCUGGAUGCCUUUGAAGAUUGUUUCACGGCCCAGCGCGACCAAAACAACUGGGUGAACGAUGGGUUGGACGAGAUACAGAAAACGCUUGAUAGACCGCCGCCUGUUGGGCUCCAGCCUUAUUUCGCUGGAAUUCAACCUUUCUUCGGUCACAGAAUGCCGGCGCCAAUCCCCUCUCCGCCUUUCCAGCAUCAGCAACAUACACAGACGACCUACAUCCUGGUUUGCGGCGGCCACCAUCCUCCAAACCCGGCAAUCACCAACUUCAAGCUAUUCGACCAGCUUUGUCAACUGUUCAAACGCCACCAACACCAAUACAUAAGACCCGGAGAUCCAGGUCCAGGCCGUUAG